AGAUUGGAAGUCGUCAACAAGCGUUUUGUUCGAGUGACUUUUGCACCAGGAAAAACUCCCGUUGAUGGGCAAUACGUCUGGUUUAAUAUUGGCAGUGUAGACACCUUUGAACGGAAUCUGGAAACUUUACAGCAGGAAUUGGGCAUAGAAGGGGAAAAUCGGGUGCCUGUGGUCUACAUUGCUGAAAGUGAUGGUUCCUUUCUCCUGAGCAUGUUGCCUACUGUGCUCAUCAUUGCCUUCUUGCUAUACACCAUAAGAAGAGGACCCACUGGUAUUGGUCGAACAGGCCGAGGGAUGGGUGGACUCUUCAGUGUUGGAGAAACCACUGCCAAGGUCUUAAAGGAUGAGAUUGAUGUGAAGUUCAAAGAUGUGGCUGGCUGUGAGGAGGCCAAGCUAGAGAUCAUGGAAUUUGUAAAUUUCUUAAAAAACCCAAAGCAGUAUCAAGACCUAGGAGCAAAAAUCCCUAAGGGUGCCAUCCUUACUGGUCCUCCAGGCACUGGGAAGACACUGCUGGCUAAGGCCACAGCUGGAGAAGCCAACGUCCCCUUCAUUACCGUCAGUGGAUCCGAGUUUUUGGAGAUGUUUGUUGGUGUGGGCCCAGCUAGAGUCCGAGACUUAUUUGCCCUUGCUCGGAAGAAUGCCCCUUGUAUUCUCUUCAUUGAUGAAAUAGAUGCAGUGGGAAGGAAGAGAGGAAGAGGCAACUUCGGAGGGCAGAGUGAGCAGGAAAACACGCUCAAUCAGCUGCUUGUGGAGAUGGACGGUUUUAACACGACGACAAAUGUCGUCAUUUUGGCGGGCACCAAUAGACCAGAUAUCCUAGACCCUGCACUUCUGAGGCCGGGGCGCUUCGACAGGCAGAUCUUUAUUGGACCACCAGACAUUAAAGGAAGAGCCUCUAUUUUCAAAGUUCACCUCCGGCCACUAAAACUGGACAGUACCCUGGAGAAGGAGAAACUAGCAAGAAAACUGGCAUCCUUAACUCCAGGGUUUUCAGGAGCUGAUGUUGCUAAUGUCUGUAAUGAAGCUGCUUUGAUUGCUGCGAGGCACCUUUCAGAUUCCAUCAAUCAGAAACACUUUGAACAAGCAAUCGAACGAGUGAUUGGUGGCUUAGAGAAAAAAACCCAGGUUUUGCAACCCGAGGAGAAGAAGACUGUGGCAUACCAUGAAGCAGGUCACGCAGUUGCCGGCUGGUAUCUGGAACAUGCAGACCCACUCUUAAAGGUAUCCAUCAUCCCACGUGGCAAAGGAUUAGGUUAUGCUCAGUAUUUACCAAAAGAACAAUACCUAUAUACCAAAGAACAGCUCUUGGAUAGGAUGUGUAUGACGUUAGGUGGUCGAGUCUCAGAAGAAAUCUUCUUUGGAAGAAUUACGACUGGUGCUCAAGACGACUUGAGGAAAGUAACUCAGAGUGCAUAUGCCCAGAUUGUUCAGUUUGGCAUGAAUGAGAAAGUUGGGCAAAUCUCCUUUGACCUCCCACGCCAAGGGGACAUGGUAUUGGAGAAACCUUACAGUGAAGCCACUGCAAGACUGAUAGAUGACGAAGUACGAAUACUUAUUAAUGAUGCUUAUAAAAGAACGGUAGCUCUUCUCACAGAAAAGAAAGCUGAUGUGGAGAAGGUCGCUCUUCUAUUGUUAGAAAAAGAAGUAUUAGAUAAGAAUGAUAUGGUUGAACUUUUGGGCCCCAGACCAUUUGCAGAAAAAUCUACUUAUGAAGAAUUCGUGGAAGGCACUGGCAGCUUGGAUGAGGACACCUCACUUCCAGAAGGCCUUAAGGACUGGAACAAAGAAAGGGAAAAGGAGAAAGAGGAGUCCCCGGGUGAGAAAGUCGCCAACUAGAUCCAAGGAGAGAGGCCGUUUAGUCUGUCUUCCGUGAUUUCAGUGUGCACAUUAUUUCAGCUCUGGCUUUGAGAAGGAUGGGAACGCUGCCAAGUUGAUUUAGCCAGCUACUGACCCAGCUGAAAUGAUGGGGUGAGGGGUCCUCAGUCCUCAGCCUUGGAAGUCACAGUUAGGUGGAGUUGACUUUCUGAAGCCUCUGAGAGAGACUCACACUGCCCUACAGCCUCGUAAGGCUUCCAGGCAAGUGGCUGGAAUUGCCCAGCCCAGUGCUGCCAGUGCUGGUCCCUGUGACACCAUCAGUGGGGUCCGGCUGACUGUGACAGGAGUCAUCACCUGUGGAAUCUUGACUGUGGGAGAGGGACGUUUUUCUCUUUUCAUCGUCCACUCUUCAUUCCUGUUUCUUUUCAUUUUCCCUCUGCAGAUGAGCUGUGAGAUUAAAUUGGAGUCCUGAUAACAAUUUUUUAAUUUGACUUAUUAUUUUAAAGAUUGAAUCUAGAUCACUUGUUGCUGUCUUAAUGGAAUGGUUUUCUACAGAGCUGUAAUAUAUUUAAAAUAUGAAUGUACUGUGUAAAUAUGGCUUCUUUACAUCAAAAAUAAAAUGUUGACACUGUACUCCAGA